GAAAUGGGCAGGCAGAAGCGUACGUCUACAUAUUCAAAAUAUCUUCAAUUUGCAUUAUUGUUCUAAGAUUAAAACAUUCUAUUUAAAUUGAUGUUUCAUGUGUGGUUCUUUGAAUCUAUUAUUUUUCUACGAUCCACUUAACGGAUAAUUUUGAAGAGGCUGCACUUAGAACAUCCAUUCGUCAUUUUAACACUCAAUACUAAAGUAUAAAUUGAAUUAGGCACAGCAAAAAUCUUUUUACAUGGCUUAGUUACCCGUUGUUAAGAAACCUUCUAUCAUAAUUCAUUCACUAGAGAUUCACUUAAAAAGAUGUUCUCCAACGUACCAUGUAACGACAUAUACUCUAACGUAACAACAAAACUAGUCAAAUUAAAAGGGAAGGCUAGUCCGAUCGUCCGAGAAUUGUAUCUUCGUGAUGAUAUAUCCUGCCAUAGUUCUUUAUGUAAAGCAUGUGACAACACAGACUCAAAACCAAGUGGACUACAAAAAGAUGUGACUCAUUAUGCCCUGCCUUGCAUAGACAUUAUUUUGAACUAUUUGGAAAUUUUAGAAUUACCGGAAUUGCAGGGAUUUAUUAUUUUACAAAGUAUUGCUGCUAAAGUAAUGCAAAGUAUGGGCCAACGAUUUAGUAAACGCCUCCUCAAUAUUACUAAAGAUAUUCGACAUGGAAGUACUGUUUUUCUGAAUGAAAUUUCUAUCCAUACUCAUGUUCCUAGAUCUUUUUCUGAGUCUUAUGAUGAAUGGUUAAUUAAAUGCUGUGUCAGAGUAGCUGAAUUUUAUUCUGAUCAUUUGGAACGGUCUAUACCUAUAAUCUUAAUUACACAUAAUAUUGAAGCUUAUAAAUCAUUGGUUCAAAAUCCGAAUGUGAAAGUAUAUACCCUUGGAGAAUAUUUAAACAGUCUGCACAAGAAUCUAGAAUCAGCUUUACAACUAUAUGAGUCAUUAAAUUUAGCAAUUUCUGCUGGAACUGUUAAAGAUUUAUCACGAUCUUAUGACAAUUAUUUGCCAUCAAGUGUUCUUGAAGCUGGUAUCAAAGCUGGUCGCUAUUUUAAAGGCUAUUUGAGAGUUAACAAGCAUAAUGCAUCUGAAGAAGCUUUUGUAGCAUCAUCUAAAGCAUUCAAGAAGGAUUCGGGAGACAUAUUUAUACAUGGAAUGAUAGAUCGAAACAGGGCAAUACAUGGUGAUGAAGUUGUUGUUGAAAUCCUUCCUGAGAGUCAAUGGAAGUCUAGAAGCUUUAAAUUAAAAGAUAAUUCUGAAUCUAAAGAUGCUUCGUUGGAAAGCAAUGAUUCAACAGUAUUAACAACUCUAACUACAGGUAAAAUAGUGGGAAUUCUAGAGAGACGAUGGAGAAAUUAUGUCGCAACUCUUCCAGAAGAGGAUGACUCUAGUUCAGCUUCUAAAAAUAAAGAGAGGAUCCUAGUAAUACCGUAUGAUUAUCGUAUUCCGAAAAUUAGAAUCGUUACUAAACAAGCUGAAGGCAUUCGAAACCAAAGAAUACUUGUUCGAAUUGAUAGCUGGGAGAAAGAGAGUCAAUAUCCUAAUGGGCAUCUUGUUCAAGUCUUGGGUGAAAUUGGAGACAUAGAAACAGAAGUUCAAUCCUUAUUAAUUGAACAUGAGCUUUUGGUUAAGGAAUUUCCACAGAACCUGGUAGCUGAAUUGCCUAUAUGUACUGAUGAACAACCCUGGUUGGUAGAAGAUACUGAAAUAGCUAAACGAAAAGAUUUGCGAUUUUCUCAUUUAAUAUUUAGUAUUGAUCCCAAAGGCUGUGAAGAUGUUGAUGAUACCUUAUCAGUUAGAGAGCUUCCAAAUGGUUUCCUUGAACUAGGUGUACACAUUGCUGACGUCACUCACUUUGUGAAACCUCUUUCUCUAGUUGAUCUGGAAGCAAGAAGCAGAUCAACUUCAGUUUAUUUACCGGACCGCCGUUACGAUAUGUUGCCUCAUGUUCUGAGUGGAAAUUUGUGUUCCUUGUUAGGCAGUGUUGAUAGAUAUGCUGUAAGUGUGCUAUGGGAAUUGGACAAAAACUAUCAAGUACAAAAUGCUUGGUAUGGUAGAACAAUUAUUAGGUCAAGCUACAAACUUUGUUAUGAAGCAGCUCAAGAUAUUCUUUUUGGAGCAACUGCUGAGAAAAUGAUUGCAGAUAUCCCAGAGCUUCAAGGACUUAGUGACAGUAAAUUAUCAUUGAAAUUUCAAGACCUGAAGAAUGCUCUGUCAAAACUUUAUUCUAUUGCUAAUUCAAUAAGGAGGGAAAGACUUCAAAAAGGAGGGUUAGAAUUGAACAGCAUCAACAUGAAGUUUGAAAUUGAUCGGAAUCUUCCUUCUGCAGUAGCAGAUGUCAAAUCAGCCAAGGAACUUGCUGUUCACAAGACUGUUGCCGAAUGCAUGAUUUUUGCAAAUCAUUGGGUCGCAAAGAAAAUUAGUGAAGUUUUUCCACAUCAAGCAGUGCUUCGACACCAUCCUAAUCCUAGAGAAGCUGAUUUAGCUGAGUUACAAAAAUUGGCAUCAAAUAAAGGUUUUAUCUUAAAUGUCCACUCUAACAAGGAACUUGCUCUAUCGCUAGAACAGGCUGUUGACAGCAAAGAUCCUGCAGUCAAUCAGAUACUUCGAAUUUUAGCGACACAUACCAUGAAUCAGGCUACUUAUUGCUGUGCAGGUAGUUUUAGUGAAGCAGACUUCUAUCAUUAUGGAUUGGGAUUAGAUAAAUAUACUCAUUUUACAUCUCCUAUCCGAAGAUAUGCUGACGUAUUGGUUCAUAGAUUGCUUCUUGCUGCUGUUGAAGCUUCAAAUGAAAAUACAAAGUUUGAGGCAACAGAAAUGGAGGAACUUUGUAAUCACAUGAAUAUCAAACAUAAAGCAGCUCAAGACAUAGAAAAAGAUGCUCAGCAACUUUUCUUAGCCCUCUUCUUUGAUGAUUUAACUUCUAAAGGAAACGAUUCUCCAAUUCUUGUGGAUGCUGUUAUCUACUCACUUCGUACAAAUGGUGUACUUGUAUUUAUCCCGAAAUAUGGUGUCAAAGGAGCCCUUCAGCUUUGUAACAAAGAGAAGAAGGUCGCCAUUGUGACAGAAAAAGUAGAUUGGGUGGAUGGCAAAAUUUCACAGAAUGAUUCAUCUUUAAUUGUUGAAGCUUUAGGUUUACAUCAACAAUAUCAUAUAUUUGAUCAUUUAACUGUGAGCAUCAAAGUCCAAAGGUCUAGAUCGCAUCAGCAUAAAAUACUGUUUGAUUUAAUUAAAAAAGAACCUUAUCUUUCUGACUGGGAAACAACAAUAUUAGAAGAGCCUUCACUUCCAAUACAUACAGCUCUUGAAGUUGAAAAGAAAAAUGAAGAUUGUAAUUCAGAAUUAAAAGAAGAAAUCAGUAUGUACAAAUUUUUAGAACAUAUUAGAGCUUUAACAUUACUCUCAAAAGAUUAAGUUAUAUAUCUAUGUGUAAAUAAUGUACAUAUUUUGUAAUACAUAGAAUAAAAAGUUAAUAGUUUU